AUGCCUGAGGUCUGCUUCUACAGGCCGGCCUUGACCUUCAUCGUCCUCACGACAUCCCCAGGAAUGCGAGACGGAGUUCAGACCACAUGCAGCCCCAAGAAAUUGGCGGAAACCACCGGGAAAAUCAUGUUCAAGCAAAGUAGGCCCAAACCAGGGAUUCUAGUUGGCUGGCGGUCAAUGGUCGGAGGCGAAACCCAAGCUGUGGUAUUGGCUGCCACCGAUUUCAUCACUCAAAGCAGAGCUCGAAAUGAUCACGAGCCAUCAGGCCGAGACUUCCGCGCCACCCACACUUUUGCUGCAGAACCUACAGAACCUGCAGAACCUGGACAGUCUGGAGUCGUGGAGAGCUUCCGACCCACGGGUGGACUGGUCGACCUGCCAAAUGCGAGGUCACUUCCCCAGAUUCUCUCGUGGCUCACGGACAUAACCGCCGGCUGUCAGUCCCACACGACUCGUGAAAUCAACGUGUCAUCGGUUUGA